AUGGGAAAGGUUCAUCCCCAAGCACUUGUAUCUUCAACGCCUUGCUACCUCACAUCCAAACAAGAAUCAUUCACAGUAUGGAUGAAGUCUCUAGUCCUGAGUGGCAAAGGCUGCACUGUAUUUGAUUCAGACGGUCAUGUUGUGUACCGGGUUGAUAACUAUGACUGCAAGAGUAGAAAGCAAGUUCAUCUCAUGGAUUUCAAAGGCGAGGUCCUGUUCACCAUACUGAGGAAGAAAUUCAAGUUGUUCGGGUUCUGGGAGGGUUACAGAUCCAGUGGUUCGGAAAUUGACAAGACAAAGCCAGGUUUUCAAGUAAGAAAAACCUUGAGGUUGAUAAGGGGAGAUUCACCGUGCAAGGUUACUGUCGGAUUGGAUAAGAAUCAAGCGUCCCAAUACAAGAUAGGAAGCUGGUCCAGCAAGUCAGCAUACAAGAUAGUAGACAAGUUUGGAGUGGCCAUAGCAGAGGUAAAGAGAAAGCAAUCAGCAUGUGGAGUUGUGCUUGGAGAAGAUGUUUUGUCAAUGGUGGUGGAGCCCUGUAUUGAUCAUUCUCUUAUCAUGGGGCUUGUUCUUGUGUAUAGCCUCAUCAACUCCAAAAUGUAG